AUGAUUGAUUUAAAUGAAGUUUAACAAAGUCCUAAUAGAUUAAAUUGCUGUAAAUGCAUAUAGUUAAAUAAUAUUUAAUAUACAAGUAUUCAAGAUUUUUAAGUUUAAUGGAUAAAUUAUUAAAAAAAGAAAUAAAAAUGUUACAGGCACUUUGAAGAGAAUAUUCAAACUAGAACUAAAAAAUUAGAAAAUAUAAUUUUUGACAUUCAGGCUUAGAUUACGAAAUAAAUUAUAAAAAUCAAAAAUGAAAUAAAUGAGGCAUUUGCUCAUCUUUAAACAGUUUUAUUGAAAACUUAGGAGGAAAUUUAAUAUGAAAAUUUAUUAUUUAAAAAUUAUGAAUAAAUUUUAGAAAUGGCAGAUGAUAUUAGUAAUCAAAAAAGCUUUAAAUAAAUUGAAAGCAAUUUAAAUAUAUAUUAAAUUAAUUGGAAUUUAUUAACUUCUUCAUCAUAAUAAAAAUUAGAGGAAAUAUUAAACAAUUCCUAAGUCAUUCUUACAAAUAAUAAGAAUGAAAAAUAUAGUAUUAUGUAAAAUGAAAAUAAUUAAAUUACAUCUUUAAAAAUCGAUGGAUUCAUUCAACCAAUAAAUUAUUAAUUAUUGUAGGAAUAUUCAAUCAAAUAAGUAGAAUCUUGCAACGCUAUAGCAUUCAAUAAAGACUGUUCAAUAGUAGUAGCAGCAUAAGACAAAGAUAUAAAUAUUUUUGAAUUUUCUUAAGGAUUAAUGAAGAAAAUUUAAACUUUAAGUGAACAUAGAAACAAAAUAUACACUUUAACAUUUAUGAAGAAAUCAAAUGAAUUUAUAUCUGGAAGUUGUGAUGUAUAAAUAAGAGUCUGGACAAAUAAAUAAAAUCAUUUAUGGAUUUGUUAAUAAAUAUUAGAUGGGCAUUGUGGAUAUAUUACUUGUUUAAUAUUAAAUAAUAAUGAAAAUCUUAUUAUAUCUGGUAGUGAGGAUAAAAAAAUUAAGUUUUGGAUUAAAUAAAUAAAAUGGGAAUGUUAAUAAACUAUUACAGAUCACUCUAAAGAUGUUUAUGGGUUGAGCUUAAAUAAUUAAUAGAAUUAAUUAAUUUCAUGUAGUUAUGAUAACACAAUUCUAGUCAUUGGAAAAUCAUGGUGGAACAAAAAAUGGAGUGUUAUAUAAAAAAUAAAUGUAGAAAAAUAUGGACACAGAUUAUGUUUUAUAAAUGAUAAUCUUUUUACAUUUUAACCAUAUGCUUAAGAUUGUAUGCAUAUUUAUGAAUUUAAUAAUCAAAAUAAAUAAUUUAUUAAGAAGAAAACCUUUUAGGUUAAAUGUGGUACAGAUUAUAAUAGUCAAUUAUUUCCUUAAUAAUUUAUAAAAUCAAAGAAUCUUCUAAUUAAUAAAAUAGGUUAAUUUAUUAAUUUAAUCAAAUUUAAAGAAGAUGAAGAAUUUUUAAUAGAAUAAUCUAUUGAUUUUGAAACCAAUUGUUUAUUUGGAAGUAUCAGUGAUAAUGGAGAUUAUUUGAUUACAUGGGAUAAAAAAUCAGAGGAAAUUUAAAUUCGAAAAUAUACAGAAUAAUGA